UCAAAUAUAUCCACAAGUAGUUGCUGUUGUGGUGUUUUUUUCCAUCUCCCUCUUCAACCAAAAACUCCUAAAAUUUUUUAUUAUAUCUCAAGGGAUUCAUUCGGUUAAUCCUUUGCCAUUUUUUUUGGUCAAAAUGGGUCUUCCUGAAACAGUAGAUUUUGUUCGGAAUUUCUCUGUUUUGGUCAGAGUACAAGGCCCUGAUCCAAAGGGGCUGAAGAUGAGGAAACAUGCCUUUCAUCAAUACCAUUCUGGUAAAACGACACUGUCAGCUUCAGGGAUGCUAUUACCUGACACCCUUUACAACACUGAGGUGGCUAAGUGUAUCUGGGACAGUGAUGGUGAUCAGAAUUUGAUGUUAGUUAUGACAGUUGCUUCUGUCGUUGAGCCUUUUCUUACAAUUCAACAUAGAGAAAACCUUUCUCAGGGUCUACCCGAGUUGAUUCCCGGUGCUCAGAUUGAUAUUAUGGUUGAGGAAAAUAUGGGAGUGAAUUUGGAUAAAGGAGCUUCUUGUUGGGUUGCUGCACGAUUACUGAAAAUGGUUGAUGUUCCUAGAUCAUCCCGUGCUCUUCAAUCCCUUGUUGAAGCUUCUUCAGGCUCACAAGAGCAUGGGUGGGAGUUUGGUUGGUCCUUGGCUUCAACUCAUCAGCCUUCAGUGGAUAGUAUUCAGACACAGAUCGAGUAUGAUAAAAAAAUUUUGAUGGAGCGCCAGAGGCUACUGGUGGGGGAAUUAAGCAGUCCUAGUCUCAUGGCCAGGUCAACAACUAGAAUCGCUGUCCUUGGAGUUAACUUGUAUUUAAAUGACCUACCAAAUAUUGGGAUAUCACCUCUGAAUAAAAGGGGAGAAUUCCUUCUGGCAAUGGGAUCUCCGUUUGGCAUCCUCUCACCUGUGCACUUCUUUAACAGCAUAUCAAUGGGAUCUGUUGCCAACUGCUAUCCACCUAAAUCAUCUGACAGAGCAUUGCUGAUGGCUGACAUUCGAUGUCUUCCUGGAAUGGAAGGUGGUCCUGUUUUUGGUGAUCAAAACACAUUAGUAGGUAUCUUGAUUAUACCUUUGAGGCAAAAGAGCAGUGAUGCUGAGAUUCAGCUAGUGAUUCCGUGGGAAGCCAUUGCAAGUGCUUGCAGUGACUUGCUGCUGAAGGAGCCACAAAUUGCAGAAAAGGGGAUUCAUAUUAACAAGGGAAACUUAAAUGCUGUAGGGAAUGGAUUAUUGUCUAACAGCAAUGGUUCAAAUGAACUCUGCUGUUACAAUCAUGAUCAUCCUAAUUCAUCGUGCCCUUCACGUUUACCAAUUGAGAAGGCAAUGGCUUCUAUAUGUCUUAUUACCAUUGACGAUGGUGUAUGGGCAUCAGGUGUUGUGCUCAAUGAUCAAGGCCUAAUACUCACAAAUGCUCACCUGUUGGAACCAUGGCGAUUUGGGAAAACAACUGUAGGAACUGGGACGAGAACCGAGGUGCCAUUCUUCCCACCUGAAGAAUCUGCAUCUCCUGAGGGUAAAGGAUUUAACAGGUACCAGAAAAGUAGCAUGCCACCAUUUUCACUGAAGAUUGUCAAUUCUUCUGUGGUUGAUGAUCACAAAGGCAACAAGUUGAAGUCACUUUACCAUGGACAUAGAAGUAUACGUGUUAGACUUGGUCAUCUGGACCCUUGGAUUUGGUGUGAGGCUAAGGUAGUAUAUAUUUGCAGGGGACCUCUGGAUGUUGCCCUUCUGCAACUUGAUCGUAUUCCUGAUAAGCUUAGCUCUAUUGUGGUGGAUUUUGCUCAACCAUCUUUAGGAUCAAAGGCAUAUGUUAUUGGACAUGGACUACUGGCACCAAGAUGCGGCUUCGCCCCUUCUGUUUGUUCUGGAGUGGUAGCAAAAGUAGUGAAAGCAGAGAUGCCUUUAUAUUACAAAUCUCUUCUACCGGGGGAUUCUGAAUUUCCAGCAAUGCUUGAAACAACUGCUGCUGUUCAUCCUGGUGGAAGCGGUGGUGCUGUUGUCAAUUCAGAUGGUCGUUUGAUUGGACUUGUUACAAGCAACGCCAGGCAUGGUGGAGGAACAGUUAUACCAUACUUGAACUUUAGCAUUCCAAGUGCAGUUUUGAUGCCUAUCUUUCAGUUUGCAAGAGACAUGCAAGAUUUAUCGCCUCUGCAAAAUCUUGAUCAACCAAAUGAACACCUUUCUUCAGUAUGGGCAUUGAUGCCUCCAUUAUCUCACAAGCCAGGGCUGCCGCCUGAACUUCCACAGUCACUACUAGAGGAUAACAACAACGAAGAGGGGAAGGGUUCUCGGUUUGCUAAAUUUAUAGCAGAACGGAACGAAUUGUUGAAGAGGCCAGCUCAAUUUGGCAAAGUGGAAAGACUCCCUAAUGAGAUUCUUCCUAGUAAGUUAUGACCUUCGGCAUUUUUCUUGAGCUGUGUGAGAAAGAACAGCCGCAGAAUAGUUGGAAUCAAGUCCCGUGCCCCCAUGUUAUUAUGACUCCAGCUUUGCCUGAACCAACUUCAAGGAUCACAUAAACAAUGGAUGUUGGGGGAAGGAGUCCGCGCAUUUGGAAACUUAAUUUGUAAACUAUAUCAAAAUAAAAUGAGUGAAAUAAUUGCGCCUACAGAGUAGCAGUGUGAAUUUUAGCAUUGAUUUCCUUCUGUAUCUUCAUUUCCUCCCAUAAUGUUUCGAGUAACAGCAUUCCAGAUUGAAAGAAUAUUGAGCCAUGUUUGCCUGAUCCAACAAUGUAAUGCUGGAUGUGUGGAAAAUCUGUAAUUCUGUAAUUCUUGUAUUUUCUUUCAUAUUUCAGUUGACGUAUUUUCUUUGGGCUAGCGUUGUACUGGUACUUGAGCUUGAACAUUAUCAUUUGCUGGUUAAUUUACAGUUGUUGUGAGAGA